CAGUGCCUGGUACUGGCAAGGUUUUCCCCACAAGCAUCCACAGUCACCAGCAAACAAGGUGGGGGAAUGAGGAGGUGCACACAUCACGGGAAGGAGUUAGCUCCCUUUUUCUUUGGGAUCAUCAACACAAAGACCCCAGUCAGGACUGGGCAUCAGGCUGUGCAACACACCAGUGUGGGGCACACAGACACCAAACCCAUUAAGCACAAAUCACGUCAUAAACACCCUUUUGUUCUGGCAGCACACACAUUAACUGCAUCCACCUAAGCCAUACCCCAUAAACAUGCUACACCUCAGGUGUUCCCAGUAAAGCAGCUACGUAGACCUAAGAAGUCUUUAAUACCUGACUGAGAUCCCAAAGCACUUCAAGCAUGACCAGAAACAAGCAGUUUAUUUGUUUUUAGCAAACAUUAAGUCACCCUCAGAGUGAGCCGUUACUCAGCGGAGUGGAUGGACCGUCAGUAUAAAUGGGAAGGUUCCAGCAGAAUUCCCCACUCACUGCCUUCUGCCCUGCCCACACCCAGCUGGGAAGCACCACGCUGGCAGCAUGAGGGGCACGGUGCUGGCACUGGCUUGCCUCGUUCUCCUGCUCCUGGCACAGGAAGGAAAAGGGGAAGGGAACACAGUGAAGCUCUGCGGGAGAGACUUCAUCAGAGCCGUGGUCUUCACGUGCGGCGGCUCGCGCUGGAAGAGGCACCUCACUGAGCACCACAACCUGGGGGAGAGUGAAAACCCCCAGCAUUUCCCACACGAGGACAAGGGUGACGCCGACUUCUCAUCACACCCAGAGCAGAGGCUGGGGAUCCACAGCCAAGAACCCCAGGAUGUCAAACCUGAGCAAGACUUGCAAAACACCAGCAAAGUUUCUGUGCUAAACAAGCGUGAGGCAGUCAAGCUGCUCACCACAUCCUGCUGCAACGUGGGCUGCAGCAGGAGAGAGAUCAGCUCCCUGUGCUGAGAUGCAACAGCUCGGUGUCAC